AUGCUACCAAAAUCUUUCAUGCUUGUGGUAUCAUUAUUGCUGUGGCUACACGAGGCACGAGCCUCCCUAGCGAAGCCUGGUUGCCAGGAGACAUGCGGUAACGUAACUGUCCCAUAUCCAUAUGGCAUUGGGAUCGGUUGUUACAUGCACAAGUCAUUUGAAGUCUCGUGCAAUAAAUCAUCACCAGAUGUUGCUCAUCUUUGGUUUGUGAAUCAUAAUAAAUUCCCCAUUUUAGAAAUAUCUAUGGAUUCCGUACGUGUAACUGGUAAUUCGCGUUUCAAUUGUAAUAAUUCCGGAAAUAUAUCAACUCAUGUAGUUCAACUGGACCUACACUUCAGUUAUUCACAUAAAAAAAAUGUCUACAUAGCAGCGGGAUGUAACAUAUCUGCUCAUUUUCUAUCAAUCGGUUACGGGUAUUUCAAAGAAGUUGGAUGCGUUUCUAACUGUAUCACAGCUACUGCUACUCGAUCUUUCACUUGUAAUGGCUCAAAUGGUUGCUGCCAAAGUAAUAUUCCAAUAGAAACAAGUUUAUUUCAGGCUGUAAUCUUAAAUCAUGCCAGUGAGGCACCAUGUAAUAAUGUUCUUGUUGCGGAAAAGGAAUAUGUUAUAGUACCAAAUCUCUAUAAACUCGAGGACGAAUAUACGUACAGGUUUCCCGUGAUCUUAAAUUGGGUUAUCUCACUGACGAGUUGCCACCAAGCUCGCCUGAGAGGAGACGAUGUAUGUGGCCAGAACAGUCGCUGCGUUGACUCAACCCACAGCCUGGGACAUAACUGCCGCUGCAUGAAAGGUUACACUGGGAACCCAUACCUUCCCACCGGAUGUCAAGGAAUUAUUGCUACUGUAAUUGGAAUCAUUGCUAUUGGUGCUAUUGGUCAUUGGACAUAUAAAGAACUCCGCAGAAGAAAGGAAAAUAAGAUCAAGCAGGAGUUCUUUAAAAGGAACGGUGGAUAUCUAUUGACGCAGCAUAUCUCAGCUAAUAAAUCACAUGCAAUUAAACUAAAAAUUUAUUCUGCGAAAGUGAUAGAGAAGGCAACGAUUGGUUUUAGUCAAAGUCGGUUACUUGGCAAGGGAGGACAAGGUACAGUGUAUAAGGGUUUUUUGACAGAUGGAACCAUUGUAGCCAUAAAGAGGUCAAACAUAGUAGAUGAAGACCAGGUAGAACGAUUUGUUAAUGAAGUUUUCAUUCUUGCACAGAUAAAUCAUAGGAAUAUAGUUAGACUGUUAGGUUGCUGUUUGGAAUAUGAAGUCCCAUUAUUGGUGUAUGAGUAUUUAUCCAAUGGCACCCUCUCACAACAUCUUCAUGAUGGGGCAGAGGUUUCCAAAUUCUCAUGGAAAGAUCGUAUGCGAGUGGCAAGGGAUGUUGCAGGAGCAUUAUUCUAUUUGCACUCAUAUGCAUCCCCAGCCAUAUUCCAUAGGGAUGUUAAGCCACAUAACAUCUUAUUGGAUCAGAACUACAAAGCUGUAGUGUCUGACUUUGGACUUUCAAGGUCAAUACCUCUCAGCAGAACUCAUCUAACUACAAAAAUUGAAGGCACAUUUGGAUACUUGGAUCCAGAGUACUUCCGGUCGGGGCAACUUACUGAAAAAAGUGAUGUUUACGCCUUUGGUGUGGUACUUACCGAGCUCUUAACCAGAAGAAAAGUUGUAUCUUCAAUAAAUUGUGGUGAAGGUCUGGUUUCACGUUUCCAGUUCUUAGUGAAACAUAACCGCGUGUUUGAAAUUUUAGACAAGCAAGUUCUGGAUGAAGCUCUGAUGGACGAUAUUCUUCUUGUCACCAAGCUUGCUAAGACAUGCAUGAAGAAGAAUGUGAAGGAAAGACCAACCAUGAGAGAGGUGGUCAUCGAUUUAGACAAAUUAAAAGUAGUACAACUGGAACUUCCUCGUAAGGAGUGA